UGCCCUAGAGAAGAGUUCCCUAAAGAAGAGUUCGCCUGGUCCUGAAAUAUCGUCUCUACGACAGUCGCAGAGAGAGAGAGAGAGGAUGGAGCAGCACAAUGACCAAGAGCGCGAGGUGUUCGGAGAAGAUAUCCCUGAGGAGGAGGAGGGAGAGAUGGAUGCGGAGGAGUAUGAAGAACACAGCGGAGAUGAUGGCGCCGCCGCCGGAUAUGAGGAUCUGGAACCGGGCUCCGGCUCCAAGGACUUGGAGGAGAUGAAGAAGCGUCUUCAAGAGAUCGAGGAGGAAGCUGGGGCUUUGCGUGAAAUGCAAGCCAAAGUUGAGAAGGAGAUGGGUUCUGGUCAAGAUUCUUCAAGUGCUUCUCCAAGUCUGGCUGAAAAGGAGGAAGUGGAUUCCCGUUCGAUAUAUGUUGGCAAUGUGGACUAUGCGUGUACUCCGGAGGAAGUCCAGGAGCAUUUCCAAUCCUGUGGGACGGUGAAUAGGGUUACAAUUCUGACGGAUAAAUUUGGUCAGCCUAAAGGUUUUGCAUACGUUGAGUUUGUAGAAGUAGAAGCUGUUCAGAAUGCUCUUGUGUUGAACGAGUCAGAAUUGCAUGGUCGUCAGCUGAAGGUAUCAGCGAAGCGGACCAACGUCCCUGGAAUGAGGCAAUAUCGAGGAAGGCGUCCCUUCAGACCCAUGAGGGGGUUCAUUCCCGGACCUCCUUUUUAUCCUCCAUAUGCUUAUGGGAGAAUUCCCAGGUUCAGACGGCCCAUGCGUUAUAGACCGUACUGAUCAUAAGUGCCUAUGCUGUUUACCAGUAGAGUGGCCUGUGAUCCGGGCAAAGCCUCUGCCUUUGUUUCCCCCCCCUGAACGGAUAGACGUAUGAAGAACUUCACAUUGGAGAAGAUAGAGAUAUAGAGAGAGAGGAUUUGGGGGAGGAGAAGAUAAGUGGCAACACAGAAGCAAGAUUUCAAUUGGGUAUUAUUAAUAAAAAAAGAAUCUGAAAAUAAAAUUAUUUUCUCUGUAUCAACAUGUAGCUGUACGAUUUCGUUGUUGUUGUUGUUGUUGUGACUGAAGAUUCAGCUGCUGUUAGGGUUAUGUUUUGUUUUGGUCGGAUUUGAGGUAAUAGUUCGGUUAUUGUUCUAUUUAUACUUUUGUCCUUUGGGUUUCUA